UUGCAACUGCCCCCCCUCACACGUGUGCCGGCUCUUCAGUUCGGGGGAGCACCAUGCCGAAAGUGAAGCGCUCGAGGGGCUCCGGCGGGGCGGCGAAGGCGGCGUCCGUUCCCCUGGCCGAGCAGAUCCUCCAGGGCGACUCCGUGAAGCCCGUCACGAGGGUGAAGCGCCGGGGCAAAGCGGGGAAGCAUGGCGGCGGCGGCGGCGAGGAUGAGGACGAGUACGUGGACGAGAGGCUCUCCCGGAGGAUCCUGGAACAGGCUCGGAUCCAGCAAGAGGAGUUGGAGGCCGAGCACGGCGCCGCGGGCGGAGGCGAGCCAGAGAAGGCGAAAACCACCGUCCUGGGACCUGCCUCAAAGGACAGAGAUUCAGAUACAGAUGAUGAUGAGUGGCCAACACUGGAGCAAGCUGCAGCCAUGGGGAAGGGAGAGUACUGUGAGGAGGUAACUGUGAAUCCAGAGGAUGAAAAAGCCAUUGAGAUGUUCAUGAACAAGAAUCCACCACUGAGGCGCACCUUGGCAGACAUUAUCAUGGAGAAGAUCACUGAGAAGCAGACAGAGGUGGAAACUGUGAUGUCCGAAAUAUCUGGUCGGCCCAUGCCACAGCUUAAUCCCCGUGUCCUGGAAGUCUACAAGGGUGUCAAAGAAGUGCUGUCAAAAUAUAGGAGUGGGAAACUGCCUAAAGCAUUCAAGAUCAUCCCAGCCUUGUCCAAUUGGGAGCAGAUCCUGUAUAUCACAGAGCCUGAAACGUGGACAGCAGCUGCCAUGUACCAGGCAACAAGGAUCUUUUCCUCUAACCUCAAAGAGAGGAUGGCCCAGAGGUUCUACAAUCUGGUGCUUCUCCCGCGAGUCAGAGAUGACAUUGCUGAAUAUAAGCGCCUCAACUUCCAUCUUUACAUGGCGUUGAAGAAGGCCUUGUUCAAGCCUGGAGCCUGGUUCAAAGGUAUCCUCCUCCCCAUAUGUGAGUCAGGAACAUGCACGCUGCGAGAAGCCAUCAUUGUGGGCAGCAUCCUCACCAAGUGCUCUAUCCCUGUCCUUCACUCUGGGGCUGCUAUGCUAAAGAUUGCUGAGAUGGAGUACAGUGGCGCCAACAGCAUCUUUCUCCGCCUGCUCAUUGACAAGAAGUACGCCUUGCCUUUCCGCGUGGUGGAUGCCCUGGUCUUUCACUUCCUCGCCUUCCGGACGGACCGGCGCACCCUGCCUGUCCUCUGGCACCAGUGCCUCCUGACCUUUGCCCAGCGAUACAAAGAGGACCUGUCCUCGGAGCAGAAAGAAGCCCUCUUAGAGCUGCUCAAGUUUCACAGCCACCCCCAGAUCUCUCCAGAGAUCCGCAGGGAGCUAGUGAACUCCAAGUGUCGGGACGUGGAGGGGAUGCAGCCAGUGGCAAUGGAGUGAACGGAGGAUGGGAAGGGGGACUUACAGAUUGUGAUCACAGCAGAACUUCUGAGUCAAAGGCAACUGCUGGUUUGAACUUGAAGCUACAGUACACUGUCAAACAAAUAGGGUUUGUACCCUCACUGCUUUGAUUCACAGAAGCCUUAUUUAUGCAGGGUGGAAAGUAUUUGUAAGCCCCCUGCCCCCUUUUGACUCGACAUGCAUUCAUGGUGAUUAGAAACCAGCAUCCCUCCCAUCAGAAAUGCGCCUCCCGUUUUGCGAUAGAGCUGCUGUUAAAGGGCUGCAGUGACUACUUGCCCCUUUUGAGGUCCUGGUGGAUGCAAGUUGCUGAUCAACAGCAGGGAGAUAAACAGUUGAGCUGCAGAUUAGUAGGGAGGAAAGAGCAUCUACCAACUGCAGGGGGUUGUAAUUGCUCUGUAGGAUGUGGCCUCCAAUGGAAGUAUUGGUAGCCAAGAAUCUUACCCUUUUACAGCAGGGGGGACCAGUCUUGGUGGCCUGUGAGCUGUAUGCAGCCUUUCUGGCCCAUUUGUGAAGCCACCUGGGGCUGCUCAACCCCCACAUAGCUACCGGUAGCUUGGCUGAGGAAGACUUGGGCCCCUGGAACAAGUUAGCCAUUGCCAAUUGAGAUGCACGGAGUCCCUGCUGCCCCACCCUCGGUUAAUUUGAUACUCUUCCUAUUGUUUUCCCAUAUAAGCAGUAGCCAUCAUGUAUGUUAUCAGGAUGCUGCAGCUGAGCACGCCAUAUUCUUGUCUCUUUCCCUGUCCCCUCUAGGUAGAUGUUCAUAGCUAAAUCUGUCAGCUGGGUAUUUAUACAUUUGAAGGUUAGAUUUUGGUUUUCUGGGUUUCUAAGGCUAUUCAUAGUACAGCUCUAAAAAGAAAGGCAUGCUAGAGCUUGGUUAAUGCCCAUACUGCUGGUAUAUAAACCCAAAUGAGGUGCAUAAUUUUGAAAUUACACAUAAUGCCCAGAAUAAAUAUCCAAGUAACCAGCAA